AUGGCUGCAUUGAGUGCCAGAAGCUUCCUCUUAAACCUAAGGUACACCGUCCAUAGAGUUGGAAGUUCUGUAAGAGUCCGACUCAUACCUAGCACCAGAACAUGUCUUGUCAAAAGAGGCCAGAUUUUAACCCAGAUGCCAAAAGUCACCCUUCUGUGCUGGGGAGCAGUGAAUGCCACAUCCUGUGUGGCAAGAUGCCAACAGGCCUCCCUGGCACCCCAGACUACAGACAGGAAGUCUGUAGCCAAAGUCCAGGUGCACAAGCUGGUGUUCUUCCUGCGCCUCAGCCUGCGCGCCCUGGUGUUACUCCUGAAGUUCGGCCCACUCCUGUUGCUCUAUCCCCUGACUGUCAUCUCCUCUUACUGGGCCUCUCGCUGGCUGGAUGCCCUGCUGUGGGUCACUGAGACCUCUGGUCCUGCCUUUAUUAAGCUGGGCCAGUGGGCCAGCACUCGCAGGGACAUCCUCUCCCAGGACUUCUGCGAACGUUUCUCCAGGCUGCACGUGCGUGUGCGUCCCCACUGCUGGGCCCACACCAAGCAGUGUCUGCGCCGGGCAUUCGGGGAGGGCUGGAGGAGGCUGUUUGUGUUUGAGGGCAGGGAGCCCGUGGGGUCAGGAUGCGUGGCUCAGGUGUACAGGGGAUGGGCCAGGGUGGACAGCGUGGAGGACCCAGCCUUCCAGGCCCUGGUGGAGGAGAUGGAGAGAGAGGAUAUGCUGGAGGCCUGGGAGAUCCUGGGACUAAACGGGGUCCUGGGGACUCUUAGGGGGCUGUGGAAGGGGAAAGAGGAUGAGGAGGAUGAGGGACAUCAUGAAACCAGGGAGAGGAGCUACACAGAUGCCCCUAAUGUGGACGGUACAGAGAAAGAGCAUCUGAUUCCUGUAGCUAUUAAGGUGCUUCAUCCAGGGAUCAGGAGACGGGUAGAGAUUGACCUGCUACUGAUGAGGGCAGGCAGCUGGCUCAUCAACUGUCUGCCUGGAUUCAAAUGGCUCAGCCUGCCUGAGAUAGUGGAGGAGUUUGAGAAGCUAAUGACCAAACAGAUUGACCUGCGGUUUGAAGCCAAUAACAUCGAAAGGUUCCGGGAGAAUUUCAAGGAUGUUGAUUUUGUCAAGUUCCCAACUCCUCUUCGACCAUUUGUCACCAGGUCCAUUUUAGUGGAAACCUUUGAGGAGAGUGAGCCCAUCUCCAACUACCUGAGCCCUGAGGUCCCUCUAAAGGUGAAACAGAGAAUUGCCAGGAUGGGAGUGGACAUUCUUCUCAAGAUGGUGUUUGUGGAUAACUUUGUGCAUGGGGACCUGCACCCGGGUAACAUCCUGGUCCAACGUAGCAGGGGUGGAGGGGACAACGACCCCCAGGGAAGGGCCACCCUGACGGACCUGUGCGACACGGUGGUGGUAAGCAUGAGGCCGGCCCCGGCCCCUUUGCAGCUGGUGCUGCUGGACGCUGGCAUCGUGUCACAGCUCAGCGAUAGAGACCUUAGGAACUUCAGAGCCGUGUUCACCGCCGUGGUGCUACGACAGGGGGAACAGGUGGCCGAGCUGAUCCUGAACCAUGCCAGGGCCAACGAGUGCCAGGACGUGCCUCGGUUCAAGAAGGAGAUGGCAGAGCUGGUGGACCAUGCCCUCAGCAACACUCUCUCACUAGGCAAGGUCCAAGUGGCUGAUUUGCUAUCCAGAGUCUUCGGAUUGCUCAUCACCCACAAGGUGAAGUUGGAGAGUAACUUUGCAUCCAUUGUGUUUGCCAUCAUGGUGCUGGAGGGGCUGGGGAGGUCUCUGGACCCCAACUUGGACAUACUGGAGCUGGCCAAGCCUUUGCUGCUCAAGAACGCUGCCUCCCUCCUCUGACCCUGACUCCCCUCACACCACCUGCAUAUCACUACAUCUGAGCAACACAGACAUGGGCAGUGUUUGACAGCAUCACCGACUGAGAACACUGACUUAUCUACAAAUCAUAAUUAUUUAGGAUGCAAGGUGAUUUGUUGAUCAGUCAGCAGAAUUGAUGAUCUCAAACACAGCCAUGGAUACCUCAUUUAGGGCCAAGAGUAUUUCCCUGACAUUGUUAGGGCCCAGAGUAUUUCCUGGUCACGUGGUCUGUAAAAAAUCCUGGCCCUCCGCCUGUUACAUUAGUGACUGACUGAAUAUACCUUGUAGAGUGUACCUUUACCUGUGAAAUGUGAAUCAUUGCUUGGUUAAGGUGUCCAAACAUCUCAAUAACUAUCCUGGUAUACUCCUAUGUAAGUGGUAUGCCUUGCACACGAUCUCCUUACCUUACAUGCUGGUCAGAUGAACUGCAAGUCAUCAUUUAUACGUGAAUACCCAUGUGAUUUCCUUGUGUUUUAAUAAAAAAUGACAACGUUGUGCUUACACUUUGUAAGCACUGCAGACUAUUUUCCAUUUAAUAAAAUGGUGAGUUUUAACAUCUGAAUUAGUGACAAUCCUUAGUAUAUCGUUUUAUACUAUUCUAGCAAUCUCAGGGUAUUGUUAGGAUAGUGUUUUAGCAUGCAACUAGAAUAAUGCAAUGUAAUGUGUUUUAGAAUCAUGUCUGAUGGCUAGGCAAAAUGUUCCUUUUAGUGUGUAUUAGAAUGUCAUUUAGCAGACGCUCUUAUCCAGAGCGACUUACAAAUAGGUGCAUUCACCUUAUAGCCAGUGGGAUC